ACGCCGCCCCCGACCCUGGAUAUAAACACUGCGCCGCCCCCCGGGACCGCCUCUUGCCCGGCCCGAUCUCCACAGUUGCAGGAUUUGCAAACCCUGCUCAGCCAGUGGCGCGCCGACACCGGUCUGCUCUGCUCUGCUCUGUGAGCGCUGGGGCUCCCCGAUGCCCUGCGGUUUGGACGGCAGCCGGGCGAAGCGGUUCCACGCCGGGCUCCCAGGGUUGAACUAGUCGGCGUGAGCUGGCGGGGCGGCGGGACAUUGAGCAUGGCCACGUCGGCUCUGCGGCGGCGGAUGAAGAACCUGGUCCACAACUACUCGGACGCCGAGAUCAAGGUGCGGGAGGCCACGUCCAACGACCCCUGGGGCCCGGCCAGCUCGCUCAUGUCCGAGAUCGCCGACCUGACCUUCCACGUCGGGGCUUUCCCGGAGAUUAUGUCCAUGUUGUGGAGGCGCCUGGGUGACCAGGGUCGCAACUGGAGACACGUCUACAAGGCGCUGACCUUGCUCGACUACCUACUCAAGACGGGCUCCGAGAAGGUGGCCCAGCAGUGCAAGGAGAACAUGCACACCAUCCGGGCGCUGGUCGACUUCCACUUCAUCGACCAGGACAGCAAGGACCAGGGGGCCAACGUGCGCCACAAGGCCGGCCAGCUACUCGCUCUACUCCGGGACGAGGAGCGGAUGCGCCAGGACCGGGUGCACGCACUCAGAACCAGGGAGAGGAUGUCCCAGGUGGUGAUGAGGCCGCGGGCUGGCCUGGGCUCGGCCCAUCUCAGCCCGGCCGCCCACAGCAACGGGGAGGACAGCGGGGGAUCUCCCGAGAGCCCCGUUAACCCUCUCUCCCGGUUGCCGUGGUUUAACCCCGACCUGGAGCAGACCAGGCCGCACACCAGUGAGGAAGAGGAGCUCCAGGUACAGCUCGCCCUGGCAAGGAGCAGGCCCGAGGCUGAGAAUGCAGCCGAGGGACGGAGAACAAGUUUACCCCCGGAUGAAAGUGACGAGGAUGAGGAUGGAAGUCCUCAAAGAGGACCGGAGCCAAGUCACCAAGAGUUCAACCCUGUGGAGGGGAGGAAGGAGCCCUUGCUGCUGGAGUUUGCUGAUGUCUUCGGUGCCCCACUGUUUCCAACGGAGACCAGGGCUGAUUCGUGGGACGUCCAUUUCAACAGCGGCUCCAGCCCAAGUCAUCCACACGGAGGCAGAGACGUUUGGUCACCCUCAUUUACAGCCCACGCUAACCACUGGGGUGUUGUUGGACCAACAAAGCUGCUGGGCGAAAUGAUUCCAAGCACAAAACAGAAUGGCAGCAGCAGCCCUGAUGUGUUCGAUGUAACCGAGAUGAGGAUUUCCCAAAAGGAUUUUUCAAAUGGGCUUCAGACUCCAGAGUUAUUCCUGGAUCCUCACACCUCGUCGCUGGCAAACCUGGGCGCAGUGCUGACUGCACCUUCUCACAGGCUCAACAGCAAGAAUCCUUUCCACACACCAGGUGGGCUCAGUCCGGCCGCAUCAGUGAACCCCUUCCUCGACGGCGAGUGGGGCAGUGGGCCGGUGAGGACGGCGAGUGGUGGCGGACCUCCCCAGCCUGGCGGCACGGACGGCAGGGCGAUAUUCGGAGCUUGGCCGCCGGUAGCGGGGUUCGCCUUUGCCCCGCCCGGUGAAGCUGCCGCUGCAAAGCUGAACCCGUUCCUGUGAGCUCAGCGGGCAAGUGCGGGGGUCCCGUGCCCUUCAGUGGGGCAGUGCUGUAGAUAUCCCCUGACCCUCCAGCUCGCAACGUGAUGAACCUCGGCCUGUAUACGAUGCGUGGGGAAGUUCGACAAUAAACAUGUGAUUUUAUAUCCGUGCUGAACCCUGUCGUGAUCUCCCGGACCAGGAUCGAGA